AUGCAUGUAAUCAUACUUGGGAAAAGUGCAGCUAAUGAGAGUUCUGAUGUUAAGGGCAUAAUAGGAGUUAUUAUAGAUAGCAGUUCUCGCAUAGGCCAAGAGCAUGCAGUGGCUAUAAAUCUGGCAUUGGAAGACUUUUAUCGAAAAAACAAUCUGAGUUUUGCUCUGCAUAUAAGAAGCUCUCAAGGAGAUCCUCUUUUGGCAGUUAUUGCAGCGAGGGAUCUCAUUGAUAAUCAAAAGGUGCAAGCAAUCAUUGGACCACAAACAUGGGCUGAGACAUCUUUAGUGGCUGAAGUCUGUAGCCAAAAGAGCAUACCCCUCCUUUCUCUAGCAGAUACAACUCCAGAAUGGGCAAUGCGGAAGUGGCACUUCCUGCUUCAAUCCUCACCUAGCCAAAUUAUGCAGAUGAAAGCUAUAGCUGAGAUUGUGAAGUCUUGGGAACUCUAUAAUGUUAGCAUGAUAUAUGAAGAUGGAGACUCAUCAUUUACUGAAGUUUUAUCUCAGCUCUCUGGAGCUCUUACAAAAGUUGGCACAAAAUUAAACAAUGUUCUAGCAAUUGCACCUCUAGUUUCUUCUUCUCUGUCCCAACAACUAGAGAAGCUAAGAGAAGGACAGUGUAGAGUCUUCAUUGUCCAUUUGUCUUUUCCUUUGACCCUACACCUGUUUGAAACUGCAAAAAAAAUGAAAAUGAUGGGGGAAAGUAAUGUAUGGAUUACCACUAGUACCUUUACAAGCCUUGUUCAUUCCUUGAAUGCAUCCUCUAUCUCCAAUCUACAAGGGAUCAUUGGAGUGAAGAGCUAUAUGCCAAAUCUAUGGUACCAACAUGUAAACUUCUACCAUAGAUUUCAGGUAAAAUUUUGCUCAGAGAAUUUUGAAGAGUUUAAUUGUGAGCCUGGGAUCUUCGCAGCCCAGGCUUAUGAUGCAGCAUGGAUUGUGGUUCAGGCAAUGAGAGAAACCAAGCAAGGACAGGGUCAAGUAUUGCUAGAUAAGAUUUUACUAAGUAAUUUUACUGGCUUAAGUGGAAAAAUUCAGUUCACUGACCAUAAAUUACCUCCAGCACAUACUUAUCAAAUCAUUUAUGUGAUUGGAAGGAGCUACAAGGAAAUUGGGUUCUGGUCAGAUGGGCAUGGUUUCUCAAAAUCUUUGGAUCAAAAUGCUUUUUACAAUUCUUCGGUAAAGGAAUUAGGAAAAGUAGUUAAUCCAACUUGUGUCAUACGACUAAGAAUUGCUGUCCCCUCCACACCAAACUACAAACAGUAUGUCAAUGUUAUUGAAGAUGAAAAUGUUACAUCCUUCAAGGGAUUUUCCAUAGAGCUUUUCAACGAAACAGUAAAAAGAUUACCAUACCUAGAAUAUGAUUAUUUUGCCUUUAAUGGCACAUAUGAUGACCUGGUGAAGCAAGUAUAUUGGAAGAAAUAUGAUGCAGUUGUUGGUGAUGUAUCGAUAGUGUCCGCUCGUUAUGAAUAUGCUUCAUUCACUCAGCCCUAUACUGAUACCGGACUGGUGAUGAUUGUUCCUGUUAAAUCAAAGACAGGCAAUAGAGCAUGGCUAUUCAUGAAGCCUUUCACAAAGCUCAUGUGGAUUCUAAUAUUGGUCAUCAUUGUCUACAAUGGCUUUGUUGUAUGGUUGAUUGAAAGAAACCACUGCCCUGAACUUAAGGGCCCUAUUCUUCAUCAAACCACAACUGUGCUGUGGUUGGCUUUCUGUUCUAUGUUCUCUUUGAAUGGGGGCAGGUUGCAUAGCAAUUUAUCAAGGGUGGCAAUGGUGGUCUGGCUUUUUGUGGCUCUAAUCAUUACACAGACUUACACUGCUAGCCUUGCCAGCAUGUUGACUGUUGAACGGUUUGAACCAACAGUUGACAGCGUUCAACAGCUAAAGAAAAGCAAUGCCACGGUAGGAUAUGAUACAGGAUCCUACUGUGAAAGAUAUCUCCAAGAUGCAUUGGGCAUGAAUGCAAAAAACAUCAAGCCAUUUGAUUCACAGGAGAGCUAUGCUGAUGCCCUAAGAAACAAAGAAAUAGCAGCUGUCUUCAUUGAUGUUCCUGGGUCCAAACUUUUCCUUGCAAAGCACUGUAAAGGGUUUGUUCAAGCAGGGCCUACAUACAAGAUUGGAGGAUAUGGAUUUGUAUUUCCAAAGGGAUCUCCGUUGCUUCAUAGUGUAAACAGAGCCAUGCUGAACAUAUCUGAAAAUGGCACCAUUCGUGAUCUAGAAAACAGUAUGCUUGCAUCAGAGGAAUGUAAAGACAUAAUUGACACGUAUGGAGAAACUACUAGUGUUAGCCCUGCAAGCUUCAUGGUGCUCUUCAUCCUAACUGGAGGCACUUCAACAAUUGCUCUCUUAAGCUACAUAUUUUCAGUGAAUUGUUUAUGCUCUGAACAGAGAACAAUAUGGAGUCUAAUGAUGGCUGUGAUGAAACGUUGGAGAUCUCGAAAGAGACUGUUUUCAAGAAAAGUCUACAAUGUUGCAGAAAGCCCUUUAAACUCGUCCAACAUUUUCAAUUUGCCAGCUUUAGCUUAA